AGGAUUAUAUAAUUCAACUGGGGAUUGUAGCAGGGUCUUGCCAGCACUAGUGAAUCAAUGGUAAAAAAAAAAAAGAAACAAAAACUGAAAUUGGAUUUUCUGACUGAGAACCUUAGACAUACUGAAGAAUGGCCAGCUCUGUUCUUAGUCCCCUGUACUGGUGCUUCAUGGCAGUGACUCUGCUGUGUUUGGUAGCAGAGCUGAUUGUCAGUUGGCUGUGUAACUCGCUCAUCAAUACAGUGGACUCCUUCCACACCCUCUUCAUCUUUCUGCUCCUGUGCCUCCCUGCCGCGGACCGCCUGGCUGACCGCCGCCCUGGGACCCCCUCGCGCUCGUACGGCUGGACCAGACUGCGGCCCCUGGGGGUCAUGGUGUCUGCUCUGCUCCUCGCCUCGCUCUGCAUCUCUGUCUCGUUGGAUAUCCUUGGCCAUUUCCUGCGGCCACACCCCAUCCAGAGGCCUGCCCUCGCGGGAGCAGCUGGAAUCCUUGGGGUCCUCUUCAACCUGGCCGUGGCCACGGUGCGCUGGGCAGGGAGGUGGGACCCUGGGGAGGUCUCAAGGGCUGGAGAGGAUCCCUCUGCUGGAAUCGUUAUGGAAACUGAAGGUACUGAUGUGAAGAGCCAAAUGGAUGAGAGCACCUUUGUAAAGGAAUAUGCCCACAAUACAGACAGCAGCGUAGGAGAACACUGGACACAAAUACAGUCAAGACAAAGCACAGAGCUCACCACCGUGGCUCCGCUGCUGCACUACAGCUCUGAAGCACAUCCUGUCUCAGAUGCUGACCCACAACCAAACUCUGAUCCCAGUGACGGUCAGACUGAUACCCAGCUGGAAAGAAAGAGUGAGGAGACAGGUAACCUUGGCAACUCAGCCAUCUCACCAUGUUUAAUCAGUGAGUCCAGCCCCAGAGCAGUGGAGGAGGAUGGAGAGCUGUUCCUAGGAAACCCCUAUGCAGAUAGGUACACAAGCACAGCACAGCCAGAAACAACAGCCAACAGGGUGGUUGAAACGGAACAAAGGCCAAUGCAAAUCCUCAAAGAUAUGGAGAAAAUCCACAGUGGUGGCAUCCUCUCUGCUCUGGACAAGGUGAAAUGUCUCCUGGGACCUUUACUAGUGCUGGCGAACGGACUGGCACAUCUGAUGAACCAUGACUGUCUUUACAGCGGGCACUGCCACCUCUAUCUGUACCUGGACCCGGCAUUCUCCCUAGUAACCGUGGUGAUCUUGCUCACCACUGCCUUACCCUACCUCAGACGGUAUGGCUUCCUCCUUCUCCAGGGGGUUCCAGUCCAUAUCCACCUGGAGAGCUUGAGAGAGCAGAUCCUGAAGCUGCCUGGGGUGCUGGCGAUCCAUGAGCUACAUGUGUGGCAGCUGUCCGAAUCCUACACUGUGGCGUCAGUCCACAUCCACUGCUCCAGUGCCGGAAGCUUCCCAAUCCUGGCUGUGGAAAUCAAAGAGCUUUUCCGCAGUGUGGGAGUUCAUGGCUCCAUUGUGCAGCCCGAAUUCUUUCCCCGACUGCUGCAAACAGAACAAAUGCUGGGUCUGUGUGACCUGGCCUGUGGGAAGGAGUGUGCUAAGAAGCUGUGCUGCCAGUGGUGGACAGAGAAGGAGCAAGCAGGACCUCCACCUGGAGAAGUCUUAGGCCAUGAAGAGCAACCCAGAGAGCUGGUCAUUGAGAAUAUUUACCUUUGAAUUGGGGAUUUCCCACCAAUGCCUUUUUAUUGUUUUGUUUUGUGUUUGUUCAUGUGUGCAUGUUCAUAUGAGUUGCAGGAUUAUCAGUCUUCUCUGUUUACACAGUAGUAAUGUCAGCUUCUCCACAUUGCUAGCUAGCCUCAAGCCUACCCUGGACUGGAGGGAGCGAGGGAGGGAGCAGUUCAGUCCAUGCCUCAAGCCUGCUGUGAACUCAAACCUGCCCUGGACCACCCUUUCUGUUACUAGGGCUUGAGUAGCUCUUUUUGAGAUUUCCUGUAAAAGAUGCCACUGCCAAUUGUUCCAAAUAGCAGGUCUAGUGAGGUUUAGUUUGAGAUCAUGAAACUGAUAUCAUCACUUGUGCAACUUUCACAAGAUUUGAUUGGCUCUUGCAAUGCUGAAAUAUGUAUUUCCCGAUUAUCCAUAAUUGUAUAGCUACUGAUCACCUUAACUCAAAACCUACUUCUAUAUAUCUAUAUAUCUAUAUAUCUAUACCUGGGCGCACAUGUUUGUGUUUUCUUGCCACUUGAAAUCAUUCUGUAUGCUGAUAAUCAUCUCUAAUUCGUUACUUCCUUGCCAUUUUGUAAGAGUUUUUUGCCAUGCUGUCUCUGUAAAUCUUUUGGGAGGCCGUCACUGAAAAACUAAAGAAAUAAAGAACCUGAGUUUCACUCCAGGAAGAAUUAAUUACCCCACAGUGUCUAGCUGGAACACCACGCUGAGAAAACUUGUUUGUCAGCCAGCCACAUUUCUGCAUCACAAAGCCUUCAUUCUCACUUCAGAACCAUUCAUUCAGACCCUCUCUUCUUUCACAUACCUGCCAAUCUCUGAGACACAAAAGAUUUUUUUCUAGGGCAACAUUUUACAGGAAAUGUUUUGUAGUUGCUAUGUAAAGUAUUGUUUUAUAUCAUUGUAAUCAAAUAUCUUGUUUGAUUAAUGUUGUCAUUUUGGAAUAAAACAAACAUAAUAAAGAAGACAGGUGCAGCAAAAGUUUCUGAAAUCAUAUUAAAUUAUGUACAAUUAUCGUCGCUAUUUGCCUUUAUCCACGACAUUGAUCGUGCUUUGUGUACAAACUCACGAUGCCAUUGUCAGUAGCCAACCAGGCUGGGCUGGAGUCUCCAACCAGACAAAAUCAGAGAUCCAGUCUUGCAUUUUAAACAGAGAAAUGCAUGUCUCAUUGUUUGUAGUAUUUUAAUGUAAUAUUUCAAGUGGUAUUAAUGUCUAAACACACACGAUUGAACAAUUUAAUAAGAAGUUACAAUACCACGCAUUCCCUUUUAAAAACAGUUUGUUGUGUAGUUAUCCAUUACUGUAUCUAUACUGUGGUAAAGUGAGCAUACUCUGUAUUUCUAGGUAUAUACUCUUUCCAGAAACAACUGUUGUGAGAAUUUACAAGCGACCUCUAACAAGGGCUUGAAGAAUUACGUUUUUAUUAUCCAAUCACCGGGCAACAAACGUGUGUACAAAACCCUUGACGUUUUAAUCAACCAUUGGACACGUGUUGUGA